AUGGCACCAAAACCUCGAGCGUCAACUGGGAGGUUGUGGGAGAAUCUCGAUCCGCCGCUAUCAGAAUGGAUUCUGGAAGCAAUGUCGACAAUGGGUUUCGCCCGCAUGACCCCAGUACAAGCAUCUGCCAUUCCACUAUUCAUGAGCCAUAAAGAUGUCGUGGUAGAAGCUGUGACGGGUAGCGGAAAGACUCUCUCAUUUUUGAUACCGAUUGUGGAAAAAUUGCUGCGGUUGGACGAGCCGAUGAAAAAACAUCAUAUUGGGUCUAUCAUUGUUGCGCCAACGAGGGAACUCGCUUCGCAAAUCUACAAUGUCCUCCUGUCUCUUUUGGAGUUCCACGGCCCCUCCGCAUCCGCCAUUAAMCCAGCCGAUGAGACACAGGAAGGCGUCAAAAAAUACCCAUCAUCUACACUGAAAGUCAUUCCACAGCUCCUCCUAGGUGGAACAACAACACCCGCCGAGGAUCUCAGUCAAUUCCUGAAAAGGUCGCCCAAUGUGCUCGUUGGAACUCCCGGUAGACUUCUCGAGCUUCUUUCGUCGCCUCACGUACACUGCCCUCAAUCCUCGUUCGAGAUGUUGGUAUUCGAUGAAGCCGAUCGAUUAUUAGAUCUUGGAUUUAAGGACGACAUCUCGAAAAUACUUGGGCGACUUCCGAAACAAAGACGAACGGGCUUGUUUAGUGCUAGUGUGAGCGAAGCCUUGGAUCAGAUCAUUCGAGUCGGCUUGCGAAAUCCUGUCAAGAUUGCAGUGAAAGUGCGCGGAGCGUCUGGAGUGGAAGAAAAGCGUACUCCUGCUAGCUUACAAAUGACAUAUCUUGUCACACCUCCUACACACAAACUUCCCGCCGUCAAAAACAUCCUGGACAUAUUAGAGCCUCGGCCCCAAAAAUCUAUUUUAUAUUUCUCGACAUGCGCAGCUGUCGACUACUUCCAACAUAUAGUACCAUUAAUCCUCGGCAACGACUUUACCGUCAUACCACUACAUGGGAAACAUCCGGCCAAUGUCCGACAAAAGAACUUUACUCGCUUCACCAACUCCGUCACACCUUCAGUACUCCUGACCACCGAUGUUGCGGCCCGUGGAUUAGAUAUCCCAUCCGUUGAUCUCGUCAUUCAAGUAGACCCUCCUUCUGAUCCCAAGGCGUUUAUUCACCGUUGCGGACGAGCCGGUAGAGCCGGUCGGCGGGGUCUGAGUAUCGUCCUUCUUUCACCAGGUCGCGAAGAGGAUUAUGUCCCGUUCCUCGAGGUUCGAAAGACGCCAGUCACGUUAUACGAAAACCCGGCAUUCAACAUCACUGAUGAAGAUGCCCGCAAUGCGACAGAGAUAGUGCGGAAAACCGUGUUAUCAGACAGAUCGUACCAUGACAAAGCCCAAAAGGCGUUUGUGAGCUGGCUGCGAAGCUACAGCAAGCAUCAAGCCAGUAGUAUCUUUCGCGUGGCUGAUCUAGACUGGGAAGCAUUGGGUCAUGCUUGGGGUUUGUUGAAACUGCCUAAGAUGCCUGAAUUAAGGAACUUCAAGGGCGAUAAAUUCCUAGGCGUGGCGCUCGACUGGGAUAACUACGCAUAUGCCGACAAACAAAGAGAAAAACAUCGCCUUGAAGCUUUAAAAGAAUAUCAAGCAUCGAGAUCAGAAGAAAACACAAAGAAACGACCUGCGGUAUCAGGGGAAAGUGUGCCUUGGAGUCAGAACCUCGAGAAGAGGAAAGAGAGGGAACAGCGACGAGAACGGAAACGAGCACGUCGUGACCGAGAUAAAUGGGAUAAGAUGACUGAAGAAGAGAAACAAAAAGUCCGGGAGACGGAGGCAAUGAUUGAGAAUGUACGAAAGGAGGCUGAGAAACGACGAGAGGMUGCCAAAGCAGCGCAAAAUGCUAAUGCCGAUGGGAGCGAAGAUGAAUUCAAGGGGUUUGACUAA